ACUCGCUCCUCACCACCACCUCAUCGUUGCGCCGCCCAGAGCACCCCACUGCCAAGCAUCGGCGCCGCUACUGCUGCCGCCCUCGCAUCACAGCGCUGCAGGCGGCUCUGCGGCCCUCGCCGUCCCUUUGUCCUCUUGCGGCCGCCGCCCCUCCACUGCCCAGCAUGCCUCGCGCUCCGCCGGGCGCGCCGCGGCGCCUCGUCAUGAAGCCCGCGCCGCCGCCGGGCCCGUCGCGCGAGCUGCCGCUGCAGUACACCAGCUUUGCCGUGCCGCCGCCGGUGAAUGCAAAGAACAUGGCGAGCACAUACCUCAAGACCGAGGCGCAGACAUGGCUUGGCAGACAGGCGCCGGCGCCGCCGCUGGGCCAGGGCGUGGUGCCGAGCCGCGGGCGCAAGCGCAAGCGGCCCGAGGCGACCAAUGCGCGCGUGGCCGAGGACGAUGAGGAGGAAGAGGGCGACGAGAGCGGCAGUGAGACGGAUGCGGCGGCAAAUCCGGCGCAGCGCACACUCGUGAUUCACCCAAGCACGUCGUUCCUGCGCAUCGGCCUCGCCUCGGAUCUCUAUCCGCUCACGGUGCCCAACGUCGUGGCCCGGCGAGACCGCGAGGGCGCACCUCCACGGCCUGCGCGGGCGUCUGCCUCGCCCGAGGAGGAAGACGGCGUGGAAGAGGCUGAAGUGGAGGAGGAGGACGCCGAGGAGGAGGAUGCAGACGGCAAGCGCAAGAAGAAGAAGGACCCGCUCACGGUCAAGAUCGACGUCUUGCGUGCCGACCUGCGCAGCAUCAUGCGCGCCAUGAAGCUGCGGCCCGUAACCAACGGCCGUGGGCUGGCAGCCGCGUACAACGAGACGUCACGAGCGGAGAAGGUGCCAGAGCACAACGACGUGAUGGGCGUCGAGUGGACCAAGACGGCGGCGUCGGAUCCGGAUGUGCUGCUGGGCGAGCGUGCACUGCGCCUGCCGGCCUUCUCUGGCGAGGCGCAGUCCGCGAGCCGGCCGUGGGAGCUCUUCUAUCCCUUCCGCCAGGGCCGCCUCGACAUUGAGCCAUACGUGGCACGCUACGGCUCGGCUGCGGCGCAGGCGCUGCUCAGCGACGUGCGCGCGAUCCUGAUGCGCGCCAUCACUGCGCCACGCGAGGAUCUCGAGGCUCGCGACGACGCCGCCGGUCCGCCGGACUACGGCCUCGGCAUCGACGCCAAGGAGCUCGGCACGUACAGCGUCAUUCUCAUCGUCUCGGACCUGUACAGCGCGACGGACAUCCAGGACUUGACGGACCUGCUGCUCGUCGACAUGGGCUUCCAGGCGAUCUGCAUUCAGCAGGAGAGCGUGAGCGCCACUUUCGGCGCCGGCCUCAGCAGUGGCUGUGUCGUGCGCAUCGGCCGCGACCACACGGCAGUGACGUGUGUCGACGAGGGCCUCGUGCUGGCCGAGUCUCGCAUCGGCCUCGCGUACGGCGGCGACGACGUGAGCCUGUUCUUCGCACAGCUGCUGCGUGCCGCCAACUGCGCGUACAAGGAGCUCGACUUCUCACGACGACUUGCCGACCGCUGGAUCGUCGAGGACCUCAAGCACCGCCUCCUCACGCUCGACGCGACGCAGCUCGGCCUCGUCAUCUCGGACUUCCAUGUGCGCUUGCCGGGCCGGCCAACGCUCAAGUACCAGGUGCGAACCUACGACGAGGUCAUCCUGGCGCCCAUGCUGCUGUUCAGCCCGCGCGUCGUCAGCUUCAAGGGCAAGCGCUCGUAUGCGGCGCGUCUCGGCGGUGGUCUCAACCAGGCCGAGCGCGAGGAUGGCGAGCGCGGCGCGCUGGGCACCGGCGCCGACCUGCCCGUCACUGCAGCCAUGCAGGGCUCUGUCAGCCACCUUCUGCCUGCGGCGCCAGAUGCUGCCGCAGCGGACGCCACUCCUGCGCCGGCUGCACAGGCGGCGACGAACGGCACUGCCGCGGCCGGUCGCGAGGCCGGCGCGAGCCCGCAUCCGGUGAGCCUGCCGCCGGGCAUGGAGCAGCUGGCGCUGCCCGACUUUCACGCACGCAUGGCCGCGGCCUCUGCUGCGGGCGGCUCGACGGGGUCGCCGAUCAAGAACGAGAUCUCGAGCGGCACGGCCGGCCCAUCGCGAGCGCUGACUCCUGCACGCACGGCCGGCGAGUCGACGCGGCCAUCGCCGUCUGCUGGCGGUGCACGCGGACCGAGUGCCACGCCUCUGGCGCUGCCGAGCAUCGAUGUGCAGUGGGAGGCGGCCAAGGUGCCGCUCGACGUCGCCGUCUGGAACUCCAUCCGCGCCGCCGUGCAGCCGCAGAUGACGACGAGCGCGCAGGAGGAGCGCGUCAAGCGCAUGUCCAACAAUAUCAUCUGCAUCGGCGGCACGGCGCAGCUGCCCGGCUUGGGCAGCGUGCUCGAGGCACGGCUCAACGUCCACCUCGCCGCCUGGUCGCAGAGCGUGCUCGGCAAGGACGCCGAGUCGAGCAUCUCGGCCUCGGUCAUCCCGCCGCCGCGCGACAUGGACCCGCGCCUGCUCGCAUGGAAGGGCAUGGCGGUGCUUGCACGCCUCGAGAGCGUCGGCGAGAUGUGGCUGCAGCGGCGCGACUGGGACGCCUUUGGCUGGCGCGCGCUGAGGGAGAAGAGUCUGUUCUUGUGAUCAAUGCGAUGCGUCACCCGUG